AUGCUCCGCCAAGUCAGAGGCCGUGUGUCGAAGGGCACUGUGCUCACGGCACGCAUUGGCGGCGCCAUGUCUGAAAGCGACGCUCCGUCCGGCUUGCCUUUUUCUGGCCCGCCAGAACUCACCCUUCCUGUCCUGCUCAACGCCCUCAGAGUCGGCGCGCAUGACCCCCGCAUUGCACAUCUUCACCUGCGAAUCGAUGCCCUGGCGUGCGGAUGGGCCAAGGUCUUUGAGAUGCGUCGCCAUUUGGAUUAUUUCCGCGCGUCAGGCAAGGGCAUUACUGUGUUUAUGGAGACGGGAGGUCCCAAGGAAUUUUUCCUUGGCAUGGGUUUCGCGCUCUACGUCGCACCGGAGGGCGGUUUGGGGUUGCGUGGCUUUGCUGCGAGCGGUUCGUAUGUCGGGGGCGUGCUGGAAAAGAUCGGCGUGGCUCCGCAAGUGGAACGCAUUGGCAAGUAUAAGAGUGCAGGAGAUCAGCUUGCGAGGCGUGAUAUGGCACCUGCCCAACGGGAAGUGAUUAAUUCCUUGUUGGGGGAGACUCACAAUACGUGGACGAAGAGUGUUUGUGAAGCGAUUGGAAUCUCGGAGAGCGAGCUUGCUGCUUUUGUCGAUCGCAGCCCGUGGGAAAUGAAUGAGUACGUAGAGGCAGGUCUUAUCACGGGUAUCUGCUACGAGUCGGAUGUCGAGGAUCAGCUCAAAAUCCGCUUUGGGAAGGGCCCUUUCAAGAAGGAGGAGGAGGUGGUGAAGCAGCCACUGAAUUCAGUCGAUGUCCGCAGGUAUGUACGACGCAAUACCGAGAAAAUGGUAGGCAUUGGUGGCGGCAAAAAGAUUGCCGUCAUCCGUGCUGUCGGAGCGAUUACCAGCGGAAAAAACGGUUCAUCGCCAGUAACCGGAAAUACGCUGGGAAGUGAAAGCUUGGUGGAGCUGAUCCGCAAGGUGCGGGACGACAAGCGGUAUGUUGCUUGCUUGCUGCGAUGCGAUUCGCCCGGGGGCAGUGCACUCGCCAGCGACAUUAUGUGGAGCGAGCUAAAGAAGCUUGCUGCCGUGAAGCCUGUGCUAGCAAGCCAAUCGGACGUGGCCGCCAGUGGGGGGUACUACAUCAGCAUGGCAUGCGAGAUUAUUGCCGAGCCGUUGACGAUCACGGGAAGCGUGGGAGUAGUGACAGUCAAACCUAGCCUCGGGGAACUGUACCGAAAGAUUGGGUACACCAAGGAAAACAUAAGCGUUGGAAGCAAGUACGCGGAGCUACUCGUAGAUGAUAGACCGUUUACAGAGGAGGAAUCGGAGUACUACCGAGAUGGGGCGAUGCAGGCGUACAAAAAGUUUGUGAACAAGGCGGCGCAGAGCCGGGGCAAAACGUACGAGGAGAUGCACGCCGUGGCACAAGGGCGAGUGUGGACGGGCUUGCAGGCGAAGCAACAAGGUCUUGUAGACUACCUCGGGGGCAUUGGAAGGGGCGUGGAAAUCCUGAAGGAGAAGGCAAAACUAGGGGCGGACGAGUACGUUCGGCUCGAUGUGGUGCGCAACCCCGUAUCUCUCGCAGCUCGACUUGGACUGAAGUCAGCUUCCACUCAGGCGAGACAUGAGGCAAGUGUGAUGGCAUCGCUGCGCCAACCGCUGGCACUGGCAGAGGUUGACGCGUCGUUGGGCGGGUUGUCGCCGCUGACGCGGUUUGUUGUAGAUGCGACGCUGGCACCGUUGUCGCAAAAUUUUGGUUUUUGGACAAAUCGUAUGCCCGCGCUUGAGACCAUCUUACGGACGCUGCUGCGAGAUGCCUAGCGACAUACAGGUACACGAAAGAGAGUACGUCUUCUUAUUGAGCAAGGCGAAUUCAGAUAGCAGAUACGAACAGUACAGUUGUCUUUGGUCUUCAUUCACUUUGUCAAGCAUACCUGUACAAAAGCACAGGUGGAAAGAGCAAUGCAUGAUGAAAUGUCUAUAUAGAGGAUGUGGUCUUGGUUUUUUUGUUUUUAUAAACAUACAGGUACAUA